ACGCCUGUAGGUGGCAACCAUACCUCAUCAACAAUUGAAUCAUGCACGCACGCGCUCGCACACACGCACACACACACACACACAAACACGCGCUCAGACACAUCAGAUCUGGGCUUUAUGCGUUAAUGCUAUUGAUCCCUGAUAAUUAACGACCGCUGGGUGAUUUAAAUGGGCAGAUGGACGCGCAGGCAAAGUGGUCAAAGUUAAAGUGGUCCCUGGGCAAUACAGGAACACGCUCACGCCUACACACACGCGCGCACCUACCUACACAACACGCGUGAUUCGCAUACACGCGCGCCGUAGAUCUGUGCCUGGAGACCGUGAUUUCAGCGUGCUCGCUAUUCAAGUCAUGGACUGCAGCGAGCGAGGGAACCAUUAGGAGCCGGUGGUAAAAAAAAAAAAAAGCGCUUUAUUUGCAACACACGGAUGAUGCUGCUGCUGCCACACCACCCGGAUCGGACACACUCUCCGUGACAAGCGGAAUUAUUACUAAUAGCUGCGCUUAUGUAAUCAAUACACCGGAUUGCUUUGGGGGAAGAAAAUAGCAUCCUGUGGAUUCUUGCGGUUCUACUUGAUAGAAAAUACUGUAUGCCAUAUGCUCUGCGAUUUUUAGAGCAGCCUAUGGCAACCCAUUUGUCCUGAUGCGACGCGUGUGAUGGUUGCAGUGGGACGGAUAUCCUUAAUUUUAUCCAAUAGGCGUUCUCAGGGUUUUUUGUAGGACGCUUCUGCACCCCUUUCUGCACUGACCUUAUCAACAAUGCUUUAAAUAGGUAAUUGUUAAUUGUGAUGUCCGUCCGUCUGAGCUUGUUCAUUUGUUUUAAGAAAAUGACCCACGCGAAAAAAACACCCUGACUGCUGAAUCCAAAAGAAUUAGUCCACUUUGGUUUUGUGUUUUUGGUCGAAUUUGAUUUUGCGAUUUUUCUUUUCUCCAAGAGGAAACCACCGGUGGGAGUCAAUUCUGGACUGUGACUGCUUUGGGGGAAAGAAGGGCCUAUACAGACUUGAUCCCCCCAUCAAAAACUCUGCAGGAUUUCCUCCUCCUCAGUCCAGAGGAAUAUCUUCAAGUCCAGGGGGUUACACUGCUGCUCCUCUGAGGGGUUUCAUCGGCGCUCAUUACAUCCGAGGGAAUGGUGGCCGCGCCGCAGAUCCGCGCAACUCUUUCUGAAUGUUUGGCAUUUUUCGCAGGCGAGCAUCUUGACUUGUGAUCGAGAGAGACGCGGACUGCAGCACCCUCCAAUCCCUUUCACAUGGAGAUUUGUGCCUCGGUCGUACUGCAAAUCUUGAAAACGGGGACCGGGGCCCUGCUGAUUUUUCCUUCACUGCUCUCAACCCCGGUUUCAUUUAUUCGAGAAAAUGCAGAACACAAACAGCAGAUGAACUAUGAAUGCUGAACACAAUGAUCUCCUCCCUCCAGCGCCAGACAAUGAGAGGUCGUAGGCUGAAGGGGGCGCUGUCCAACCCCCUCUUUGUGCUGCUUUUGGCCCUUCAGAUCCUGGUGGUGGCUGGGCUUGUUCGUGCUCAGACCUGUCCUUCUGUCUGUUCAUGCAGUAACCAGUUCAGCAAAGUUAUAUGCACCCGCCGCAGUCUACGGGACGUCCCAGAUGGCAUUUCCACCAACACUCGCUACCUGAACCUCCAGGACAACCUCAUUCAGGUCAUCAAGGUGGACAGUUUCAAACAUCUGCGCCAUCUGGAGAUCCUGCAGCUCAGUAAGAACCACAUCCGCAGCAUUGAAAUUGGGGCGUUCAAUGGGCUGGCCAGUCUCAACACCUUGGAGCUCUUUGAUAAUCGGCUCACGACAAUCCCCAAUGGAGCAUUUGAGUAUUUGUCCAAGCUAAAGGAAUUGUGGCUACGGAACAACCCCAUCGAAAGUAUACCAUCUUAUGCCUUCAACCGGGUCCCCUCGCUUCGAAGGCUGGAUCUAGGUGAGCUCAAACGUCUCUCCUACAUUUCUGAUGGAGCCUUUAAGGACUUGAGCAACCUGCGCUACCUGAAUCUGGGAAUGUGCAACCUCAAGGAGAUUCCCAACAUCUUACCUUUGAUCAGGCUUGAAGAGCUAGAAAUGUCAGGAAACCAGAUCUCUGUUAUUAAGCCCAGCUCAUUUACAGGAUUAGUGAACCUCCAGAAGCUGUGGAUGAUGCAUGCCCAGAUCCAAACUAUUGAGAGGAAUUCCUUUGAUGACCUUCAGUCACUGGUGGAGCUCAACCUGGCUCACAACAACCUUACCUUUCUACCACAUGACCUCUUCACACCGUUGCAUCGUCUGGAGCGGGUCCACCUCCAUCACAAUCCUUGGAACUGCAACUGUGAUAUCUUGUGGCUCAGCUGGUGGCUGAAAGAGGCAGUACCUGCCAAUACCAGCUGCUGCGCCCGUUGCCAUACUCCUACAGUCUUUAAAGGUCGCUACAUCGGGGAAUUAGACCACAGCUACUUCCAGUGUGAUGUUCCUGUCAUUGUGGAGCCACCCAGUGACUUGAAUGUGACAGAAGGCAUGGGUGCAGAGCUUAAAUGUCGUACAAGCUCGUUGACAUCCAUCAGCUGGCUUACACCAAAUGGCUCGUUGGUGACACAUGGGGCUUAUAAGGUGCGUUUGUCUGUACUCAAUGAUGGGACACUGAACUUUACUACCGUUACAAUGCAGGACACUGGGACUUACACCUGUAUGGUUAGCAACACAGCAGGCAACAUUUCUGCCUCUGCUGUGCUUAAUGUCACUUCUGUGGAAAACAGCGGGGUGACCUAUUUUACCACAGUCACCGUGGAGACCAUUGAGACCCCGGGGGAUGAUAGCCAAACGCCACUUCCGCCAUUUGGCUGGGUGUCAUCCUCAACUACAAAAGGUACUCCUGUUUUAACAAGGACCACAGAGCGGACUUACACCAUUCCAGUUCUUGAUCUGGAUGGAGAGGGAGACAUCAAUGGCCUGGAUGAGGUAAUGAAAACCACCAAGAUUAUCAUUGGCUGCUUUGUGGCCAUCACGCUUAUGGCUGCUGUUCUGCUGGUUAUUUUCUACAAGAUGAGGAAGCAGCAUAACCAGCAGGAUCCUGAUGGCCCUGCCUCCUCCAUGGAGGUCAUUACAGUCGAAGAAGAGCUUGCAGGAGUUGCUGCCAUGGAGAGACACCUAUCGCUUCCCCCUCUGGAGCACUACAACCACUACAACACCUACAAGAGCACUUACCACCACCCUCCUAUGCUCAGUACCAUACACAGCUCAGCUACACAGGAACCUUUACUGAUUCAAGCCUGCUCAAAAGACAAUGUACAAGAGACCCAAAUCUGAUCUUGAAUCUGACUAAAUAUCCAGUAUCAGCAGUUUCAUACUUGGAGUACUAUGGACCAAAACAUGAAGAUAAAAGAAAUCAAAAUGACAUUGACUUGACAGAGUUGAUGUCGAUAAUGGCGAUAAAUCAGCAUUUGGCAAAGGGACGACAUAUGAUACUUUAACAAGUGUCUUUACAAAAACAAAGAUUAUUUAUUAAAAGUAUGUCUAGUGGCUAAAUGAAGAAAAACAAUUUGUGAUAGCUUUUUAGCUCAUUUUAUUUCUCUAUCUCUCUGUGUAAUACUGCACAAGGGAAAGAAUGGUUUACUAAAAGUGAAUAUAGAAUGUCUAAAAUUAAUCUCAUGUGAAACCACUUUAUAAAUUGGCUUUUCACUAAAAAAGAAUGCAAUGCCAUUAAUUUAAUUCUUUGAUUUUACCUGAUAAUAACACUUUUUGUUGAAGGGCGUUACUAGUAUUCAUAAGCAUUUAUUUGCUAGUUGUUUAGCAUACCAAAACAUAAAAUGGGUGUAUUUUCAUUGUCAUCAUAUUCUAGCUGUCACUCAACCAGAAAUGAGAUCUUUUAAUGACACAGCUCUGGAUGAUAUCAUUGUGAAGCCAGCAUGCCUGAGGAGCAAAACAGCCAAAUGAGUAAAUGUGCAUUUCCCCUGUGGCUCCUAAACAACAGCCAUACAUCCUUCACUUUAAUUAAGGUUAAGUUCUUGCUCCCACUCCUCUUCCUACCUUUUCUUUACACUUCUACCUUUACUACUUCUUUCCUUCGACUCCUCCUCUCUUCUAUCUCUAAAUUAUCCAUCUUGCCUGUCUAUCCUCUCUCUGCUCUCUCCCGACUCUCCUUUCCACCGUGUCCUUCUUUGAUUGUCUCUCUGUCACUUAGCUCAGGCACGUUCCUCACCCCUCGCCAUGUCUCAUUUGUCUCGCUUUAUCCGCCGGCAUGUGCCGCACGACGGCAGAAUAUUGCUUGGGAAAAUGAAGGGGAGCAUAAGGCUGCGGUGUGUAGCCUCCCUGUUAACCUAGUAAUGAUCUACGUCCACUCAGUGUCGCGUUACCUUGCCAUCACCCCAGGGUCACACGAGCUUGGGCGCUGAUAGUCCAUCUGUUAUACAGAUAAAGAGGCAAAUGAGGCUGCUUUGUAAUGUAGUGUGACCCUGUCAGACAAACACAGACAGGGCUAACAUAGUCAGUGAAGCAGCUAGGAACCUGCAACAAAAUAAGGGGACAUGGGUUAUAGCUCAUUAAUCUGUAUCAGCAGUUCAUUUGCAGACUAACAGAGAAAAGCUGAUAACAAAACAGCGUGAGACUUUUCCACUCUCUGUGUGCCCAACAUCUAACAGGGGAUAGAGGCCUUUGAUAUUGAAGCGACCCCUGCUCAGUCUCAUUUUUGUCAGAGAAAAACACACACACUUUGAUGUUGCAUCAUUUAUAGACCAUCAAAAAAUUGUCUCUCCUGUAGUCUGUUUACGCUUUGCUUUUUCAUUUAGUCUUUCAAAGAGGAAGGCUUAAGGAAGGGGGAGGUAGGGAUGAAAAGUGAAGAAUAGUGGGCGGGGAGGGGGGAGCCAGACUCCACAACGGUCAUGAAGGGUCUUCAAACAGAGAUAUUGCAGAUAUGAAGGGAGAGGAGUGAAAAAAAGAUAAGGAAUAAGGAGGCAAAACUAGCCAUCAGACUGUCGCCAUGGAAACAGUGACCUUGUGCAGAAAGUAAGAAGAGGUAGAUAUGCCUUUCACUUUGGUCUCUGUGCAACAAGCAUAUUUUAAUUUCCCAGUGGCGAUUCAAAAAAUGCGACUGAUUAUCGACAAAACUGGCAUAAUGGAAUGUAUAUUACUAAUACUAAUGGUUUGGAUGGGAUUUGACCAGCACAUGACGUUACAUUUGCAGAGCAUCACAUCGCUUCAGUUAUUCAAAUCACCGCUUUAUGUGAAAAAUGUACGAUUUAACUGUCCAGCAGUUCUACUCGCCUUAUAGAUUUUCAUCUCUUUGAAGACGGCUACCACAGCUUAUAGUAUGAGCAUAAUAAAGUACUGUCACGCACAAAGUCAUACACCUUUGAUCAGUCUCCUAAAUUUAUUUUUUUCAUCUUGUACAAUAUUGGUGGAACGAUGAACAAAGAUGGUGGAAGCAAAAUAUAAAUGUAUUAUUCAUCUGGUAAGGUCUGGUGAAGUAGAGACAGAUGAAACUAUAAAUGGAGCAGGAUGAAUCGAACCAGGAACCUAUUCUUGUCAGCCUUUCAUUGAGUGUUAUGAAUGACGAGAAUAGUACAGUUAAUGGUAGCGUUAAUGAGUAAACCAUUCUUUCCCUUUCCACUGUUUUCUUUUUCAAUGCUCAAUUCCUUUUCAAUGCUUUUGGUGGCUUAAUGAUUCAAUGUUGAUGCUGGCUACAGUGAAAAAAAAAAGGUUGAGAUUUUUUAUAUAUAUAUUUGGGGAUGAGGGUUGUGAGUUAUUCAGAAUGAAUGGAAUAUCUCUGUAUUGGUAUUUACAUGAGCAGGAUGCUGUUAUGUGGAGAGAUAUUUGAAUGCCAGAAUGAAAUUAAGACUGAGCUGCAGAAUAUUGGACUUGAAAUACCAGCAGAGUGAGCUUGAUUUUUGUGCAAAAUCCUAAGCCAAGGUGAUCAAAUUCUUGUGUGUUAUUCUGCCAACUGUCUAUGUAGGGGGAGGGUUACUGUAUGUGGGAAUAUUCUCUCUCAUUUUUGGAGAGAAUGAUCAUCAAAUGGUUAAAUUUCUACAAAAAAAUAUUUUCAAAAACAUAAUGCAAAAAAAAAAAAUAUUCAGAUCAUAAUUUUACAUGUGCUUCAAUUGUUAAAAAAAGACAAAAAAGCAAAACAAAAACAAGAAAAAAAAAACAAGAGAACGUGCUUGUAAGGAGUCCAACUAAUUUCUCUGAGGAUGAUGUUCAAUUAUUGAUACCUGAGAUUGUAGUUCAUACUGUACAUGAAUACAAAUAAAAAUUGCAAUUCUUUUUUUCCA